CAUCAGACAUUUCUUCAACUGGUCAAUUGAGUGUUUACGCCAGGUUCAAUUCAAGCGAUGUCUUUCUCUCCGCUCCUGCGAUCGAGGGCAAUUGCACCCGCAGCCACUGCUUUGGUGGGCGCGGCUGCCAUCCUCUAUCCCAAAACCACUCUCCAUGCCGAGGAGGUUAGAUCAGAAGACUCCAAGCGGAAAUCGAUAUACGAUGACGAGCCGACAGCCCCCGCAUCAACAGGCGCCGAGUCGUCUUCGCUCGUGACAGCUACCCGUCAGGCGCAGAAGUCACGCCAGUCACCUACCGACCAACUUGCUGUCCAAAUUGGCAAGACUCGUCUGUUCAUCCACGCACAUGUCGCCGCUGCCGAGGAUAAGAUCAACUCGGCGAUGGACUCCCUCUUAGCCCUCGAGAACAACUUCACAAGCACGAUCGCUUCUUUGGCGCCAUCGCGUGCGUCCGGCGAGAGGAUCAUGCCCGGUGCUGUAUACGUGCUUGUUGCCGCCAUGGCUGGUAGCAUUGCCACCCGCAACCGCAGCAUACUUCUCAGAGGGUCCGCCCCUCUAGCAAUCGGUGUUGCGGCCGGCUGGGUCGUUCUCCCGGUAACCAUGCGCAACGUCAGCGACUUGCUGUGGAAGUACGAGCAAAAGUUCCCAGCUUUGGCCAAUGGGCACUUGAAGGCGAAAUCUGGCAUUGAGCGUGCGAUUUAUAUGACAAGGGUGCACACAGAGCAGGCGGUUAGAGUUGUUGACGAGAAGGUCGGCGAGGGAAGGGAAGCGGUUGAGGGAUGGGUGAGCAAAGGGAAAUAAAUGAGCUGCGGUAUGAGUCGAGCUACUGUACAAAACUUCCCUUUUUGUUUAAGAUAUAAAAUAAAGCAUUAGAAAUCACGUCAGUAUGGAAUCAUCUGUUAGAACUCACGGCCGUUCUCAAGCCGAGUCCGCUGGUGAAUUUUGCUCAAACAACAAGCCACAAUUAACAUUAUCCUGUAGGGUUUUUGCUAACAACCUCACUCUCAAAUAUAC